AUCACACGGCACAAGAAGUCGCUUCUAUUUGCGCCUUGUCGCUUCGCUGCCUGGACGCAUAUCUGUUUUUGCAUGUCUCCACGGAUCCAAGUUUGGAAAGAAGACCUCAACAAGCAGCGGCCCACGGGCGCAUCAUCUGUCAUCACCUCGCCGCGCAAACUUAAAACACUUCGGCAUCAACUGAUCACAACACCCCGCCACUAUCGUCGACGGCGUCAUCGCAACCCUAUGUUUCAUGGCGUCAUUGUCGCCCAAAUAGCGCGUCCCCUUUGCCCCCCUAACUCCGCCUACCAUGGCGCACGCAUGGCUGGACUCGCUGUCCGAGGAUUGGGUCUCCCAGCCGGGCGACAACUCAUCCAACAAGCUGCCGUCUCUGAAAAACAGUAGCAAUAGCAACACCCCGGAUUCGAAGCCGCGUCAACGACCGAGCCGAAUACCGCGCAGAACCCCCAACAGCAGGCUUUCUAUAUCCUCUGUUGAGGAUACGAGCCCGGCGAUCCUCAGCGAGCGUAGCGCCAGCGAGAUCAACGUUUCCAACCGGCGAUUGAACUGGCGCCUGUGCCAGCAAGUUAAGCAACGAGCCGCGUCAAACUCUACCGAGGGCUCCGUUGUUCACAACAGCGUCCUGCGGAAGUCGACCGGGAGCCGAAGAAAGACCGAGACGCCAGAGUGGAAGCGACGCCUGGUCCACGGCAAGGUUGCCUAUGGCGAGCAGCGCGACCUAUUUUGCUCCGCCGCCGAGGGCUUGCAGGACAUGUUUCGGCCACCGUCUGCCGGCGGCGACGCUGGCGAAACAACGCUCCCAUCGAGUCCGCCGCAUGUCUCUGCGCCGCCCACGAUAGACAAGGACCUCGAGCGCUACAUUGACGCCGCCGACGAGUCUGACGGACCGGCCGACAUCUCUCCAAGUCCAAGCCCGCGGCGGCGCGAACGCGGCAUUCAAUUCAGACUCAACGACCAAGACACGGAAAGUCCGUCCAUUUCCUCGCGACGCGCGCCAUGCUCAGUGCCCUCUGCGCAAGGCGAUGACGACAUCUACCGUGACGAGAGCUGCUUGACGGCCCCCGACGACAUGGCCAACAUGACGAGGAAAACCAGUGGCCAGACGGACAACCGCAACGAAGAUUUCAGCCCCAUAUUGAUUGGCAAACAUAGCGCCGAUGACGGCAAGGUCGACUUCGCACCCAUCGACGUGCCGGUCGAGCAGCUCUGGCAGAAGCUAGAGCGACUGCGCGUCAAUCAGUUGCUGGUAGACUCGCAGCUCGACUCGCAGGCAGACCUGGAGCCCAAACGAGAUCGCGGCCAGGAAGCUCAAGGCCUCAGCGACACCACGCAGGAGUUGGGAAGGAAGGGUGCUUUCAUCAAUGUCCAGCGAGGCGGGCGAUCGGGAGAUGGGUCUUUCUACCACCGCGGGCUCAGCUCGGAGAUCGGCGUAGACACAUCAGAGAUGCUCCCGGAGGAGUCCAUGCAAGCGAGUACACCCAAGCAGUUCCCCUCGGUUAGAGCCCAGGGCGCAAAUCCGGUGCCUACUCUUCAUCUCCCGCCGAGUCCGACCUUGCCUCGCGCGCCCUUCCCCAGCCCUGAGAAGCGACAAGCCCGAGACGCCACGGCUACCAGCCCCUUAAAGCUAUUCGGCCCCUACGACACUUUCACGAAUCAAACUCUGCUCCGCCGAAUCAGCCAGUUCGAGGAGGCAUCGGGAAGCCCAUCGCGCCAGUCAAGCAUCUCGCAUGCUGACAAGCCCCUGCAAGAGAUGUCACGGACCUCCGACCGAGAUGCGUCGCCCCGCGACUCGAGGACGCUCAGCCGCUUUGGUGGCGGAGAUUUGGACGGUUACUCGUUUCCCGGCGACAUAUCAUACGAUUCGAGCGGGAACUGGGAGGUUGCAGACAAGGAGAACAUCGCGCCCGCACCUAGGCUUUCUUCUAAUCCCCCGUUCUAUGCGCCACGCGCAUCCUCGCCAGACAACCAAGCCGACCUGCAGAUCCGAAGGCGCCGAAACACGGGUUCGACUCAAGAUACCCACCGAGAACGCUCAUCCUCCACAGCCAGCAAUCAGCCUUUCCCUGUCUUGCCUCAUGGCGCGCCCCUAUCCGCCCUCACGCCUAAGCGCGAUGGCGACUCGGAGGGCAAACGGCCACGUACCUCACCCUCUAAAGACCCUACGCCGAAACGCCGACGGACCUUGCAUCGAUCUGAUGUCGCAUUUGGCCGCGAGGAGCAUUUGGCUGCGAUCGAAGGGGCUCACCAGCAAAUGCAAGAAGUCAUGGGAAAGAAGAGCAAGGACGCCCGUUCCGGCGAGUUUCAACUGGCAGACCCCAGUGUCCUCGCCAUGCGCUCGAUACUUUGGCCGCAUAGCCAUACCUCGAGCCCACAGGCCAUGCCACCCAUAAACCCUCAACUUCGUGCGCUGCAAGCUGCUGCCGCGUCUCCUAGGAGCGAGCAUUCCGAGACUGAGCGGAAGCCUUCGAUCCGAACGCAGGACUUUGUCGACCAAGCAGCCCAGAUCAUGGCCAUGAUCCGCAGCCAAGUCCGGCCAGACCUGGCGAGCCUCGAGGAGUCGGUCGCCGAGGGUGAAGCAGACAGCCCAAGAGCUCCAAUGACGGAUUCAACCGAUGAGUCUGCUGAGCCCUUUUCACGUCCUCCAAGCCGCGAUGGGCAGCCCCGCUCGCCGCUGGCACAGUUCCAAGAGGACCCUGAGCUCGCGAGCCGUCUCAAAAAGUAUCAGGAACGGAGCGAUGCGGGAGACUUCAUCUCCUCCUCCUUCCGGUCCAUGGGGUUGGCAAACGCCGGGAUCCAGAGUGAGACGGAGCGUAGCCAGCCCAUGGCACCCGCUGACACACGAUCCAUGGGACCUCUGCCCGUCAACGGAGACUUUGUUAGCGACUUGCCCAAUGUUCGCAUCACCUCCGCCGGGGGCCAGUCUCAUGGGCUCCUCAGCCCAAGUAAGGAGUUCCCGUCCAACUCUUCCAGCCGAGACUUCAGUAGGAACUUCCCUACCACGUCCUCGCGUGGAUCCGAGUCUCGACGCACCAUCAUGCCCGAGAGCGUCUCUCACCUGAUCCCCGACAGGGUCGGAAGCAUGUUCCUUGACAAGCAGAACAAAACGUGGAUCAAGCGCAAAGGUUCUACUUCCACCGCUCCGUCAGUGAAUGCGGCGUCUUUUGAGGACAGCGAAGAGGACCCGUUCGCUAGUAUUCCGGAUCUUACUGUCGAUAUGACCAAGGAAUUGCAGAAUCUGCGCCUUGGCGCUGCACUCCGAAUGGCUGAGGCCGAGAAUGAAGAGCAGCGGACAACGCCCGGAAGCUCCUUUGGUCGGACAUCGCGCCAGUCAAGCAGGACCUAUGGUACGCUGUCGCCUAAAGACCGCGUCGGUCCGCAAAUGUCUCCAUUGGCAAGAGGAGAGUUGGAGAGGCUGGAAGGCCGGGCGGCAUGGAGCACUGUCUCCUCCAAGGAAUCGGAAGAUCAGGACUCCGCCAUCCACGACAGACGCGACCGCGGGCCGAUAUCGAAGAAGAGAAAUCUCACCAUUUCCUUCUCAUCACCGGUUGCUUCAAUCAUACAUGACGUGGUCGCGGAGGAUCUGGAUAGCCUCGACGAUGAUCCACAGACGCAACACGACAAGCUGCCUCUCAAACAGACGCUGCGCAGCACCCUGUCAGGCAUGAAACGAGUCGCCACCCAGGGUACAUCUAGACCGGUGUCUGGUCGAGGAGCCGGCUUUGUGCCACGCCCGGUGUCCCGCAUCGACGAACAGGACGAGGAGAGCACAGUCGAGAUACACCCAGACGAAGACCGGCAGGUCAGCAUCAUUGGCGAUCAUAGUGUCGUCAGCCACCGAACGCCUCGCAGCCGGCACGCUAGCCUGAGUUUCAUCAUCAAUCACACGCCCGGCCAUGGGGCCAUGCAGUACCAGCCGGAUGAGAGCGCCAUCAUCGGUCGGAAUGUUGGAAAACUGUCGUUGAGCCCUUUGUCGGAGUUUACACUCAAUAAUCCGGAGCAGUCGUUCGGUUUCGAGGUUAGCUACGUCAUGGGCCAUCGACACAUGGCGACGGGCGAUGGCUCUAAGAGAGUCUUGUCCAUGACGAUAAGGGAGCUCGUGGACAAGCUUAGCGAGGUUGAACCGUAUGAGCCGUUCUGGGAAGAUCUGACGGAUCUUGAUCUGCAUGACAAGCAACUCACAAGCCUGCAUAUGCUGGACGAAUUCUGUGGUAGGGUGGUCAAGCUGGAUGCGUCGCAAAACAAGCUGAAUCACCUCGAUGGCGUUCCGUCCACCGUGCGACAGCUCAAAGCAUCCUGCAACAUGCUGACCGAACUCACGUCAUGGGACCACCUCAUGCAUCUCCAGUACGUGGACGUUUCCGGCAACGAGAUAAAGAGCCUCUCGGCCCUCAAAAAUCUGGUGCAUCUGCGCAGCAUACGGGCCGACGACAACCAGCUUACAAGUUUGGAUGGUCUGGACUGUCACGAUGGCUUGCUCUCGCUGAGAGCGCGCAACAAUUUGAUCGAGGAGCUCGACUGCUCCCUGACCUUGUUUGAGCGACUGACAGAGUUGGACCUGGAGGGUAACAUGAUUCGCUCGAUUCAUGACCUAGAACUCUUGCCGUCAUUGUCGAAGCUGGUGUUACGGAAGAAUUCUCUGUCUGAGUUCCGGCUGAAGCGAAGCAUGAAGACGCUGCGCCAGCUGGAUGUGAGCGACAAUGACCUGACCAGCCUGGACUUGAGCAACUUGCCAAAUAUUCAGUCCGUGCACGCCGACCGGAACCGCAUCCGCGAGCUCACGGGAUUCGACCGAGCCAGACGGUUGGACAGCCUUUCUUUGCGGGAGCAGCACGGCAACUCGCCUCUGGACAUGAGCUUCUUGGCCAGCGCUUACGAGGUCCGUAAGCUUUUCCUUUCCGGGAACUACCUCGGCUGCUUCGAGCCGACAGUCGACUUUCUCAACUUGCAACUCCUGGAUCUGGCAAACUGUGGACUGCAAGCGCUCCCGGACAAGAUGGGCCAACUCAUGCCAAACCUCCGAACGCUCAAUGUGAACUUUAAUGCUAUCGCGGACCUUUCGCCGUUGCGAUACGUUCCAAGAUUAAAGAAGUUGCUCGCCGCAGGUAAUAGGCUUGCAGACUCGACAGCCGUGACGCAGCUCCUGGUAGAGUUCCCACACCUGACGCAGCUGGACGUCCGGGACAACCCGGUCACACUCGGAUUCUACGCGCCGGUGCAGGUGCUGGUAGCGACAGAGGGACAGAGCUCUUGCGACCCUUUCACGCUGCCGGAUACCGACCUAGAGCGGGAUGAGCUGUUUGCGAGCCGGCUGGACGAGGCGACAAGGCUGCGACGGAGGCUGCAUCAUGUUGUACUGGUUUCAAGCUGCCGGCGACUUAGAAGAUUGGAUGGCCUGCCUGUGAGGCGGCGAGAGGUACUCGCUGAGGACGAUCUACUGCGCACAUUGAUAGCUGAAGGCUUGGUGCCAAAGGUGGAGGAGGGUACGGUGAAAGGGUCUGAAGUGGCGACGGAGGGCCGCGCAGCCGCUGCUGCCGCCGAGCCUGAGCCGGGCGAAGACGACGAUGCAGCUGCGGCAGCACAGCUGGAAGAAGAGAUGGAAGCCUCCCGGCAGAGGAACGAGAGUAGCCGCUGGAGCAUUGAGAACAGCUUCGCCUGAGCUCUAUGACGUCCUACGAGACCAUGAUGCUUUACGACAGGCCCGGAGUUUGAGCGAGCCAUUCGCCAGGUUGACUUUCCCGGCCUUGGUAAAAGAGGUCAAGACGAACAGGGUCUGCCCUCAUGGAGAGGGUGUGGGCAGCAGUGCGCUUUGGAGUUUUGGAGUGUCGUCUCGGCUAGAAAGCUGGCGUUUUGCGCAGCAUGGAAAGUUGAAGCGCCUGCACUUGCACUGUACAUCAUUUAUAUCGAUGGUUGGAGCGAUGUUUUUUGGCAGGCUCCGUGGAGAUAUUGCAUUGCUGGGUGUAUGAUAGAGUACAUUGCGAUUUGCGGGCAUCAAUUCAAAUGAAUCAUAAC